GAAAUCCUAUACAGGAUAUCGGAUGAGGUUAAAAAUGCUGAAAGUACCAAAUCUGUAUUACUGCGUCAAAUACAGGAUUUGAAUAAAGAAUUGAAGGGUUUGGAAACUUCCGUAGGAAAAAUACAGAGGAUCGGGGCCGAAGAGAAUAUUCUGGAAGAACAGAUAUCUUCAAGAACUACAGAACUACAAGUUUUAAACAAGAAGAUACAGGAUCGGAAAAUUGAACUAGAGAAAUACACAAAGGAAAUACAAUUAUCAACCACUAACCUCAAUGAUCUAAGAACAAAUCUAACAAAGGAGAAGGAAAUACUGGAUAAAACUUCAUCCAUCAGUAUGAUAACGAAUCAGUCUCCACCCUUCAUAAUCCCUCUCUUAGCAAUUUCAGUCCUAGGCAAUUUAUUGGGAGGAGGGUAUAUAGCAACAACACUACUAUCUGAUACAUAUAGGCGCUCUGACGUGGAUGAAAUAAUUCAAUUGAUCCCAUCUUCCACCAAUCAGAAUGGAGGUAAAAACCAGAAGAAUUUAGAGGAUAAUAAUGAUGUUUGGGCGGAGAAUUCGGAUAAAAUGGCAGAGUCUGCGAAUACCUACGAUGGGAUUGCGGAGGAUGUUUUUAUGAAAAACUACCAACAAAUGCAAGAGAAAAGAUUUACAAGUAUUCACGCUCCUGAGGCGUAUUAUGAUUUACCGAGAUACUUUUAGAAUAUAUUUUCUUAAAAAUUUU